ACAUUAUGGAGGAACUGUCGGGUGUUAUGAUAGUUUUGAUUAUAGGCGGAGGAGUCCUUUGUGUGACGAUGUGUUUCAUAUUUGCCAAAAGGCAAAUCGUUCGAUUCACGCUCAGACAACGACGCGGUCCCCAUGUCUCAGUGGGUCAUGAUGCCAAAAAGUCCAUCAAAAAAGAAAUUGAACGCAGGCUGGAUUGCAUUCAAAAAAUAUACUAUGAACCAAAGCUGAUCUGGGAUGAUACAACAAAAGAUGAUAAGUACAUUCUAAAGCCGGAUAGUGCUCUUCCACCGUAUUACUGGCGCAUGAAAGCGGUCGACGACGUAAAAGAGCUUGAGUGGGAAAUUGCAAAACAAGAUGGUAGUACAAGACAUCCUAGAGACAGCAUAAGAGCAUUUCUUCUAACCACCCUGGUGGCCCCGCUUAACGGAUCAGGCCAACGACUGAUCCAUCAGUUCUGUGAUAUGUACGAGCAUGCUCGGCAUGAUCCCAAUGAGUUUGGCGAAGAAGAAUACCAAUCCUAUCAACGCUUGUUAAAAAAGCUAUCGGAAGCCACAAAAAUGCUUAAAUCAUUCUCGAGCAGCCGCAAAUCGUCGCCUAACAGGACGCCAGUGAAAAAACAUUCCAAAAUGCAAUCCCUUCUCGAUCCCGCAAGAUUACGUCCUCCGCCAGUUGCACUUGCACCGGGUAAUGCAGGCGACACAAUGAUAUCAAACACCCGCAUGAACCUCUCUCUGGCGGUGCAACUACAGCAACAGCAGCAGCAACAAUUUCAGCAACCUGAGCUAGAGGAAAAUGAAAUACUCAGCAUCUCUCAAUAUCAUGGCGAAACAGAAACAUUUACCAUACGCAGGUCUUUCAAAAAUUGA